AAAACUGUCUAAUCAAAGAGCAAAGAUGCAGAGCACUUCGAAUUACCUCUGGCUGUUGUCUGACGUUCUAGGACAGGGAGCUACUGCAAAUGUUUUCCGGGGACGACAUAAGAAAACUGGGGAUUUAUAUGCUGUCAAAGUAUUUAACAGUAUAAGUUUCCUUCGUCCUGUGGAUGUUCAGAUGCGAGAGUUUGAAGUACUGAAGAAACUGAAUCAUAAGAACAUUGUCAAAUUGUUUGCUAUCGAAGAAGAGACAACAACUAGACACAAAGUACUAGUUAUGGAAUUUUGUCCAUGUGGGAGUUUAUAUACAGUUUUAGAGGAGCCAUCUAAUGCCUUUGGUUUGCCAGAGUCUGAGUUCUUAAUUGUUUUGAGAGAUGUGGUGGCUGGGAUGAAUCAUCUCCGGGAGAAUGGAAUAGUGCACCGUGACAUCAAACCAGGCAAUAUAAUGCGCGUUAUCGGUGAAGAUGGUCAAUCUGUUUACAAACUUACAGACUUUGGUGCUGCAAGAGAACUCGAAGAUGACGAACAAUUUGUUUCUCUCUAUGGCACAGAAGAGUAUUUACAUCCUGAUAUGUAUGAGCGAGCAGUUUUGCGGAAAGAGCAUCAGAAAAAGUAUGGAGCAAGAGUUGAUCUGUGGAGCAUAGGGGUGACCUUUUACCAUGCUGCAACAGGGAGUUUGCCUUUCCGACCUUUUGAAGGACCUCGUAGAAACAAGGAAGUGAUGUAUAAAAUAAUCACAGGAAAGCCUUCUGGUGCUAUUUCUGGAAUACAAAAAGCAGAAAACGGACCAAUUGAGUGGAGCCGGGAGAUGCCUGUUUCUUGUAGUCUUUCAAAGGGUCUGCAAGUGCUGCUCACACCUGUCCUGGCGAAUAUUCUUGAAGGAGACCAGGAAAAAUGCUGGGGUUUUGACCAGUUCUUUGCAGAGACGAGUGACAUACUACACCGAAUGAUAAUCCACAUCUUUUCAUUACAGCAGAUGACCUUGCACAAAGUUUAUAUUCACAGUUAUAAUACAGCUGCUAUAUUUCAUGAGUUGGUCUACAAACAGACAAAAAUAUCAUCUCAGAAUCAAGAACUGAUAUAUGAAGGUCGGCGUUUAAUACUAGAGCCUGGCAGAUUGGCGCAGCACUUCCCCAGAACAACUGAGGAGAAUCCUAUCUUUGUAGUAAGCAGGGAGGCUGUGAACAUUGUCGGAUUAAUCUAUGAAGAAGUUUUACUUCCUAAAGUACAUCAACGUUAUGAUUUGGACGGGGAUGCCAUUAUGGCUAAAGUGAUAACCGGUAUUGUAUGUUAUGCCUGUAGAGUCGCCAAUUCUUUGCUACUUUACCAGGAGCUGAUGCGAAAAGGAAUACGAUGGCUAAUUGAAAUAAUCAAGGAUGAUUACAAUGAAAUGGUUCAUAAAAAGACAGAGGUUGUCAUCAGGCUGGAUUUCUGCAGCAGAAACAUUGAGAAAGCUGAGAAAAUAUAUGAGAAUUUGAUGCAGAUCAACUUGGAAGCAUCAGAAGUGGAUGAAAUUUCAGAGAUACACACAAAACUGUUACGUCUCUCCAGCUCUCAGGGCACAAUAGAAACUAGUCUUCAAGAUAUCAAAACCAAACUUUCUCCUGGUGGUUUAUUGGCUGACACCUGGGCAAAUCAGGAAGGCAUGCAUCCAAAAGACAGAAAUCCGGAAAGGCUGCAGGUGCUGCUAUGUUCCAUCACAGAUAUUUAUUACCAGUUCAAAAAAGACAGAGCAGAACGAAGGCUUCCUUAUAAUGAAGAACAAAUUCACAAGUUUGACAAGCAGAAGCUGUAUUUGCAUGCUACAAAAGCCAUAGCGCUGUUCAAAGAUGAAUGUGUUAGCAAGUACGAUACUUUUUUGGACAAGGCUGAGGACUGGACAAGGAAAAUGCUUCACAUAAGGAAGCAGUUACUGGCUCUCACCAACCAGUGUUUUGAUAUUGAAGAAGAGGUAUCCAAAUACCAGGAUUAUAUAAAUGAGGUAGAAUGCUUCAAAAUUAU